AUGCCGAGCGGCGAGCGCACGUGGCCCACGGCGUUGAUCGCGGGGUUUAGCAUGCAUAGGUUCGGCGUCGGCGUCGAUCCGAAGGAAGACACGGAGAAAAAGUUGGGAGCGGUCGCGCCCAUACGCAAGAAUGCGCGAUUGCUCGAUAUUUGCACGGGGUUGGCGUACACGUCGUGCAUGGCGCACGCUCGAGGCGCCGACGUCACCACGAUUGAACUCGAUCGCACGAUGACAAAGAUGUGCAGAAUGAACCCACAUUCAAAAGCACUGUUUGAAGGCGAAAUUGAGCAGUUGUACGGCAACGGUGCGGACGUCGUCAAGACGUUUGAAGACUCAUGCUUUGACGUUAUCAUAACCGACCCGCCGACGUUUGCUCUCGCAGGCGAACUCUACUCUGCCGAAUUCUACGCCGAUCUCAAGCGCAUCUUGCGCCCUAAAGGCAAACUGUACCACUAUAUUGGCGAUCCGAAGAGUGCGUCGGGUUCCGGCGUCGCCGCGGGCGUCGUCCGUCGUUUGAAGCAAGUCGGCUUUGACGCCGCCAUCGACUACGACGCGCACGGCAUAGUCGCCGCCCACGACCGCGUUCGUCUCAACCGCACUUCCAAGGACAAGUCGCCGCGCAAGUCAUCAUCUAAAUCUCGCGGUCGACGCGUCGACGACGCCUCCACGCGUCGUCCGCGCCGCGGUCGCCGUCCCGAGGACUUCGAAGACGACGAGUAG